AUGCAUUUGUCAAAAAUUAUACGCGAGGAAGGACCCACAGAACUCUACAGGGGUCUUGCUCCUAGCCUUGUCGGAGUUGUUCCAUAUACAGCUACCAACUACUUUGCAUAUGAUUCCCUAAGAAAAGCAUACCGGAGUUUUUCGAGGAAAGAGAAGAUUGGGAACAUUGAGACACUUCUGAUUGGUUCUUUAGCUGGUGCACUAUCGAGCACCGCCACUUUCCCCCUCGAGGUGGCUAGGAAGCAUAUGCAGGUGGCAGCUGUUAGCGGGAGAGUUGUGUACAAGAACAUGUUGGACGCUCUGGUGAGAAUACUUGAGCAUGAAGGUAUUCUCGGUUGGUACAAAGGUCUUGGACCUAGUUGCUUGAAGCUGGUACCUGCUGCUGGAAUCUCAUUCAUGUGUUAUGAAGCUUGCAAGAAGAUACUUGUCGAAAACAUCAACCAAGAAGACUGA